CAAAUAUUGACUUUUAUGCUCUGAUGAUUUUGAUUACCGAAAUGCUGAAUUACGAACACAACAAACAAACGCGCGAAAUCCCAACAUUAAUUAGUAAACCUAAUUUCUCAGAUAAAUCAAUCUUUUUUGUUUCUUCCUUUCUCAAUCAAAUCAACAGUUAGCUCGAAUUUGGAAACGAAAUCGAUUCACAAGAAUUUCAAAUUCAUACCGUAUCUCCAGAUCCGUGAGCGCCGCCGCUGAUUUUUCCAUCUAUUGACGGAAGCUUCGGGAGUCUAGCGGGGCUCGUCGAGGUUCAGAUCGGAACCUCCCGAUCCGGGAAUUAGGAAAAUGUCGAUUGGAAUUGGAGUUUAAUCCGUGUAGAAAGGCCUGUGAUUCUUCUCUCGCCGCUCGUCUUCGUCUUCUAUCGUCCUUGAUCCAGGGUGGGUUCCGGCGAAAACAAGUCUGGUUUUGUGGCGGCCUAACGAGAAAUCUUCUGUACCGGCGAGAUAUGACCGGCGAAUCAUCACCGGCGCCGUUGGUGACGGGAGAGAGAGUUGUAGUGGCAGUCGUGGUUUCUCGUGUUAUCUUCUCUCUCCCUCUAUCUCUUAUCUCCCAUGGCUUCUCCCUCUUCCUCCUCUGCCUCUCCGCCUUCCUCGUCGAGAUCCGAGCGGAGAGUUCUCCCUCUCUUCUCUCUCGUUUCAGCGCCAGGCGAGGUGCAUCUUCAGGGAUAUUGCUGGGAGCAGUAACACUUCCUGCUGUUAUGAUCUCUAAGUUGGUACAGCUCACUAGAGCUAUCUCACUCCAUGAAGCUGAACAAGACGAGCUUGCGCAUGUGACAAUGCAGUACUGGGCCGCAUCGGCAAGUUGCUGCGCCAUACUUAUAUACCUCUCAGUAAUUAUGUCGCAAGCGAAGAAAACUGAAUCUUCUUCCUCGUCUGUUUGGCUUACAAGAGUUAGCUUAAGCGGCACUGUUUUGUAUGGAGCAGCAUGCUUUCUUUCACUUUCAAUGAUAUCACACACUGGCUUGAAUACGUCGUUAAAAAUGUUGUGGAUGCUAUUUCACGGCCUCGCAGCUGUGAAGUUAAUUCGACAUUUGCUUUGCACUUUCCCUUCUUGUGCCUCAAUUGGGGAAACACUUCUCGUGACCAGUGGCCUUGUUCUCUAUUUUGGCGACUUUUUGGCAUGCACAAUUGCAAAGAUCUUCGAGAAAUUGAUACCUGUGGAUCUUGUAUCAAUAAGCUAUGGAAUAAAGAGAACUGAAACCGGCAUAAUCAUCCAGGGUCUACUGUUGGGCCUUGUACUUUUCCCGAUGGUGUUUAGAUUCGUUCUGCACAUAUAUGAAAGCUUUUUGAGAAUGAGAGACGCUCGACAAAGAAACUGCAGUGAUGCUGCAAAAUCUGUCUUAUUCUUUGUUUCACUUGUGCUUUUUAUGGUCGUGGCUGUUCCUUCUUGGAUGCAGUUUGUACACGAUUUCCACCAGCAUCCCUUCUUAUGGGUGCUCACAUUUGUCUUUUCUGAACCUCUGAAGAGACUUUCAUUAUGUAUCUAUUGGGUUCUGUUGAUCGCUGUGUCUGUCUCACGGUUUUAUAACAUCUCAAGGAGUAGCAAGGUUGAGAGAAUCUUGCUCCGGAAGUACUACCAUCUGAUGGCUGUUUUAAUGUUCUUGCCAGCUCUCGUCUUACAGCCUAAAUUUCUCGAUCUAGCAUUCGGUACAGCAUUGGCGGUUUUCAUUGCAUUGGAGAUCAUUCGAAUCUGGAGAAUUCAGCCGCUUGGGGAGCCUUUACAUCAAUUCAUGAAUGCUUUCACGGACCAUCGUGACUCAGAGCUUCUGAUUGUCAGCCACUUCUCACUCUUGCUUGGGUGUGCGCUUCCAAUAUGGAUGUCUUCUGGGUUCAAUGACCGAGCUUUAUCUCCAUUUGCCGGAAUUCUCAGCCUCGGCAUUGGAGAUACAAUGGCAUCCAUGGUUGGUCACAAAUAUGGAGUGUUAAGAUGGAGCAAGACAGGAAAGAAAACGGUAGAAGGAACAGCAGCGGGAAUAACAUCGGUGAUGGCAGUGUGCUUUGUACUGGUCCCAGUAUUAGCAUCAAUGGGUUACAUACUAAGCCAAGGAUGGUGGUCGCUUCUCGUUGCGGUUACAGCCACCGGAAUGUUGGAAGCUUACACGGCGCAGCUAGACAACGCCUUUAUACCUCUCGUCUUCUACUCUCUCCUCUGCUUGUAGUCCCUUUAUUUCUUCUUGUAACUUAAUGUACAUAACAAAAUUUCUUGCUACUACUAUACUAAACCACACUUGUCCGAGGCAAAUAAAUUGUUGUACCUGAAAAUAAAAUAUUAAAUAUUUUAUAAUAUAAAGUUUUAUCGAAAAAACAAA